AUGAAGUUUGUUCCUUUUACUGACGAGUCGAGAGCGUCAUUAGAUGGUCCGGAUGACUGGGCUAAAGCAUGUGUUUUCAAUGGUGGUAAUUGUCCUAACAGGAUGAGGCGUCAACAUGGUGGUGGUGCGGUUAUAAUUUAGGGCGGAAUCAUUGGAAAUGUUAUCAUUGGUCCCUCCCGCGUUCCUGAAGGUUUAAAGUUGUCCUCAGGUACGUAUUGCCCGUUCCUGAAAAAUUCCCUUGAGCCAUGGUUGGACAACCUUCCUUUGGCAACUUUGAAGAAGAUUAUCUUUAUGCAUGAUAAUGCACCGUCCCAUGCAGCAAAAGCAACAACGCAAUUUCUUCACUCACUUGGAUUUGUGAAUGAAACCCUGAUGGUUUGGCCUCCAAACUCACCAGAUUUGAUCCCAAUAGAGAUAAUAAAGCGUCAUAUUUAUGUGAAUGACAAGCAGUACUUAUCAAAACAUGAUCUGUGGAUGGCCAUCAAAGAAUUAGCAGCUACCAUCCCUAAGUCCACCAUCGAGAAACUGACUGAUUCAGUGAAUGACAGACUUUUUGAAGUCAUCGAACGUCAGGGCGCAUGUUAA